AUAGAGCAACCAAUACAAAAAGAUAUAAAACACGCAAGACUUCGCUCAUAUCUGACUUAUAAUUUCAAGAUGAAUACUAUAAAAAUGAUGAAGGCAAGUUUCAUAUUUUUCCUGCUUGGCGUUGUAAUAACGGAGAUCAAAUCUGAUAGUACUUGCUCUGUGAGUUACGAUAGAGCGAGAUCAAAAAUGCAUUUAGAAUUAGACUGGUUGGAAAAUGCACAAAGAAUACAAGGAAGACCUGGAAAGAGAGGAAUACCUGGAAUUACAGGAGAGAAAGGAACACAGGGACAGCGAGGUGAAAAGGGCGAACAAGGAAUCAUAGGGCCAAAAGGAAAUGCAGGAAUGGUUGGACAUCCAGGUCCUAAAGGUGAAGUUUCACAAGAAUAUUUGGCAAAUUUAGAAGCCAAAAUGCUGAAGUUUGUGACUCUCCCUUGGGUAAAAGUAAAUGAAAGAUUCUCAUAUUUUUCAAGCUCUUUCUCCAUGACUUGGGAGGAAGGGAAAACAUAUUGUGAAGAAAGGAAUGCUCAUCUGGCAUACAUGGGACCUAGAGACCCAGGCAUUUAUAAUUCUAUAAAGGGGAAUUUGAAGUUGAUCGCCCGUCAUAAUUUCUAUUGGAUCGGGCUAAAACGACAAGCAAAUGGGAACUACCAAUGGACUGAUGGUGUUGUGGCUGACGGAAAUCCAUGGACUACUCAAGUAGAAUGUACCGGCAAUGGCGAAUGUGUUGGGAUACAUGCGGGAUGUAAUAAAUUUACAAAGGCAAGUUGCAGCAAGACUUUAAAAGUACUGUGUGAAAUAGACUUUUGAACUUGAGAUUUGAGUUGCGAAAUCUCAUAUCAUAAAUUACUAAAACUUAUGUGAUUAUUAUCUAUCUCUCGAUAUAUGACUGUUUAAUUAUAUUAUGGCUUCGCAGUUCAGAUAGCGCGCAUCUUGCUAAAUGUUUGCAUCUUACUUCAGAUCAGCCCGGGUCCUCAGAUUCAAAUCUUGUAGGGAUAAUUAUAUAAGCCCUGGCAUAGUAAGUGUUAGAUUGUGUUGGCAUUGCAGGGUAAAAUCUCUGGUUCAAAUUCCCCCCCUAACCCAGGGUAAAAUAAAUUGGGUAGCCCGUACCAAAGAGAAAAAAAAUUGACCCUUCCAAAGACAAUAUUCCCUUACAUAUCAUUAGAUCAAUGGCUGCUUCUAAAUAGCCUUAUUUGAAGCAAAAGGCGUGAAUGAAUUUUAUUAUCACAAACAAUGUCAACAAUAUGAUACAUUUCGAGCAGAAAAACUCAACAAUAAUUGGUUGGUCAGUAUUUGUGAUGGUCAGUAUGCAAAGCCAGAUAGGUCACUGAGGCUCCUGGCCCAUGCUGUAUAUAAGAUAUCAUUAAUACAAGCAAGCAUGUUUACACAAUGUGUCAACUGCUAGGCCAAUACUUUUGCUAUUCAAAAAUUUUGCUUUCAUGUUUUUAUUUGAUUAUUAGUGUUCUGUUUGCUACCCUAACAUAUUUAAUCAUGUAUUUAUUAUUCAUGUAUUUGAGGUUUUAAAACAAAAAGGCAAACAUGAAAAUUUUAAAAAUGUUUUAUUUGAAAAUGCUACAAAGAAAUAGGUAAUCCUUAAUAAGCUGGUAUCUAAUAGGGAUGGGACGAGUCCGGCAUUACAGAGAUUCGACGAAUCCGA